UUUCAAUGAUGAGAUGAUAAAUGAGAUAAAUGUUCUCAAUAUCAUAAUUACCAUUCUGGCACUCCAAGUUGCAGAACUGGUAUGUCAAACUAAUGAAGAUGAGAAGAAUGAAAAUGAAGAAGGUAGAGAAAGCCAGCACCACCGCUUGAAUCCAGUACCAGAAAGGGAUCAAAGACAAGAUCAGGGACAACAUUUAUAG